AUGGCCGAUAAUGAUUACGAAAGAAUUUUAUGUGUUAAAAAUGAAGUUUUUGUCUUUCGAAUUCCACCCAGAACUACGAAUAGAGGCUAUAGGUAUGUUAUAUUGUAUCGCAUUUAUCUUACAAUGUUAUUUUAUGGCGAAAUCGUAGUGUUUGCGCGUUCUUAUUCUACAUAAUUUUUUGUUGUUUGUUUAAAAUGUUUCCAUAUUUAAUUAUUUGUAACACAUUAACUGUAUCCAGGCGGAACGUUUAAACACUUUUUUUCACAGAUUGAAUUAUUUGAAUUGUCAGGGUUUUGUUGGUUUCAUAAUUUGCGACAGAACUAAUAAUAUUGAUAUGGUGUGACAUCAUUUUACAAAUAUCAAACACGAUUGAUUGAUUACAUAUCUAUUUUUUAUUGAUUGAUGUUUCAAUUUUUCCUCAGAUAAUAGCAAUGAGUGCAUUGGAAAAUAUAUUUCUUCUGCAAUUACAGACUUGUACUGUGGGACAGAUCUGUGAUUGCAGGGUGAAAUUGAAUUGUUGAUGGCCCCAUAUAUUUAUAGAAAAACCAGACCAUUGUGGAAUAUACAAUAUAUUAGGACCGGACAAGUCAGUCUAGGCUUUAGAAAUUGUGUGCUGUUUUGCACCAAAUAGAUAUGACUGUUGGCGUACCUACCCAUAUAAAACAUGGCUGUGAAACCUGAAACCAACUAUUAUUUUUAUUUGCCCGUAUGCAAGAAAUUAAAAUUUUUGGAAGUGUUUAUAAUCAUGUUUUUAAAGCAUAUAAGAAGACGAGUCUUACUGGAAGUAGCAAAUUCCAUUCAACAGUCUAAACAACGUGAAGUUUUUGAGAUAGACUAAUUUGAGCCUUUUACAAGCUGUAGACUUCACUUGUAUGAGCUUGUAGAAACUAAGGGCUGAAGCCAGAACCAGCCAACAAUUUAGGAAAAGAAAAUAAACCAGAAAAUGAAAACAUCUCUCAAGAAAAUCCAAGAUAUGGAAUAAAAGAAGAGUGAUGUAAAUUUAAUUUGAGGACUGAAGGCAUACUUGGUCUUCAACAAGGUUCAAUUGUGCUGAUGUGCAAGACUCUCUCCUUCAUGAGUAAAAUUGUCUGGAUUGAUCUCGAGAUAGAGUAAUAUAAUAAAGUAGAGCACUUUAAAAAAGACGCUUGACAAACGACUCAUGUCACAUGCACACAUGUUUUCAGGUGCGCACGCUCAAUCGAUACAUACAUACUGUACUCUCCCGAAUGCUGUAUUGCAGAGCCGCUUAAUUCCUGCCAAUGCUAUUUUCUCAGGUCGUCAUGCGUUUAUUGGAAUUGGAUUUCAAGACAGAGGAGAUUCGUUUGAUUUUAACGUGUCACUUCAAGACCAUUUUAAGUAAGUAUAACAAGACAGUCAAAAAGCUCAGUUUUGAGGCAUCACAAAUAUGGUUUUUAAAAACUUAUAGCACGCUAAAAGUUCCAAGGAGUUCAAGUUUAGUUGGUUUCACAGUUGAUUGCGAACAGUGGAACCUCUUCACAACUACAGUAGAGCGAAAUCUUCUACUGAGAUCUUUACAUACUAUGUAUAUACUACAGUACAGUAUAUACAGUAGAUGUGAAAAUAAUUUUCUAUCUUGGAUUUGCAGGCGACUAAAACAGGAACAGGACCAAGCGAAUACAACAACAGAAAACUCCCCGAAAUUAGAUCUAGGUUUUAAAGAAGGUCAAACGAUUAGGAUAAACUUCGGGGUAAGUUCUUAUUCAUCACGAACUAAGUAUUAGUGAAAUGGCUCAAUCAUGAAGAUUUUCAUUUGUAAAGCUCAUAUUUUGGAAUUAUAUAUUACAGAACAAGACUUCAAGCGCCCAAAGCAACAAACCAAAAACUGCAGGUAUGGUAUGAAGAUGUGGUAUUCUCGUAUUUUAGUAAAAGCUGAUAAAGUACCACUGAACAUAAACUCGUAAUUUGCAGUGUUUUACCACUGUAAUAUGGCCAACAUACUUGACGAUUGAUUUAUUACAGCUUUUAAAAAUGCGUUUAGUUCCUUGACUAUACAGCAGAACACUGCAAAAUUACGAGUUUAUGUUCAGUACUUCGGUAUACUUUGGUAAGCAAUUCGCAAAGUUGCCUUUGCAAGUUGUUAGUGGGUGUGUUAGAGAAGAGCAUUAUAUGAAUGCACUUGCUUCAACCUCAAGCUUUUUACCCAUUGGUCGUCAACGUUUUUUUGUAGCUGUGGAUAUCACAAGCAACAAAUUCUUUGAAGUUACCCUGGACGUGCUCCGAAUCGCUCUUAAAUUGGCUUCGUAGGUUCUAUCCAGUCUGUUAUGAGAUCAGUUUAAUUUUCAAUUGAAUCGCUCCAUUUUAUUAUGAGAUCAGGUCUGAUAACAGACGGUAGACCCUAUCAAAAAUGAAGCCAAUUCGAGCGAUACUUGGAGCAAAUCUAAGGUUACCCAAAUGGUUAGUUUUGGUAAUUAAGCAUAGUUUAUUUAUUACAUAAUUCUCCGUCUUUGACAACUGACCAGUUGUAGGUGGGAUCGAUGGAGAUGAUAUUGGUUGGGUAGGAAUUACAGUAUUCCCUAUGCUGGUGAUAGUCUUGAUCAUUCAUGCUGAUGCAUUAAGACCGGCUACCUAUUCCAUCCUUACCGGCAACAACAGACAAUUUUUGCAUAAAAGUGAACGUAUUAGCAAAUGUAGUGUUAUUUAUAUACCACAAGACAAACAAUUUAUGAAAAGUUUCAGGUGACAUUCUAUAUUACUCUCCUAAAAUGACAUCACAAGGAUUAGGAUUAGGAUUAUGGUUAGCGUCAUUAAGGGUUAGAUUAAGUAUCUACCUAAUAUGAACAUGACAUGUUCAUAUUAGGUACUAGAUACUUAACCUAACUCUUAAUGAUGCUAACCACAAUCCUAACCCUAAUUGGUUUUCUGAACCAAAGUGAUCAGUGUUUAUUAGAAAGAUUAUUUCCAUAAUUUAUUAUCUUUCAUUGUCAUGAUCAACCAAUCAAAAAACCUGUUCGUAUAGGUACAUGGUGACCUGAGAUGAUCGGACACUAACGUACAGUACUGUACGUGCAUGGUAUAAUUGUAUAAUCGUCCAUGCAAGGCAACUAGCAAACCAUAUCAUAGUUUUGCUGGGAGAAUGGCCCACGGCCGACUCUUAAUACAGUACAUUAGACAAAUAACAAUUAGUUCCGCACGAUCUCGCUUUAAAUUACAAAAUAUAUCCCUUAAGUGUACCUUUCUUUAUUUUGCUUAGCUAUACUGCGUGAAACACAAAUACUGUAAUGAUUGAACAGCUGAAUCAGGGUUUCAGAAAUAUUCUAGUGGCCUGUGGUGUGCCCAGGGAGUCUUAAAGUCAUCCAUAUUAACUGAUAGCAACACAGCUGAGCUCUGGAACCAAAUUAUAAUGCAUCACUACUUUCAUUCAUCGACAAGAGAACCUCAUUAAGAUAUAACCACGCUACAAAGUAGACCAGGUUGAUGAAAAAUAACUUUGUUUGAAAGCUUAGAGUGGAGAGGAAUGUGAGCAAAAUUGAUAUUUCAAGAACUAAAUAAAGUAACCGGUGGUAAACCUCCUACCACCCGCCGCAGUUCUGGCGGCUGCCGGCUUAUUUUGAAAGCCCUACUGAAUAUUUUGAUGUGCACAUUUUAAUUCUUCCAGCUUCGUGUUAUAGUUCAACUGCAAUUUCGACCUCGUUCCCAGGCUCUUCCCAACCUCGUUCCCAGGCUCUUGCCAACCUCGUUCCCAGGCUCUUGCAAUUUAUCCCGACGCAGAACACGUUAUUUGGAUGCGCAGUGGAAUCUAUGAAAUUAAAUUGAAUAUACAGUAUUAAUUAAUACUGUAUGAAAAUUGCCCCCAAAUUUCCCAAAUCUAACCAUAGUUGUGACAAAUUUGUUUACAUUGCAGGAAGUGGUAAUGUUGGUAUUCUUCCCCCACCGCCCGGCAACAGUGCCGUCCCAAGAUUAGCAGGACCCCCUUCUGGAGUUGGCCCCCCUUCUGGAGUUGGCCCCCCUUCUGGAGCUGGCCCCAGACCUGUUGCGGCAGCCAAUACAAAUGCACCGUCCUUCCAGCCUGCAGCACCCGCGAAUGUUCCCGCGUCUAACCCGCCUUCGGAUUGGGGAGAUUUUACAACCGCAUCAACAUCGAAUCAACAGUGAGUAUACUGUAAUAUAGAUUGCCACAACUACCGAUACCAUAUUGAAUUAUGGUAUCGUUCCGUUGUCAGGAACUCAGGGGGGCUGAGCCGCGCUUGUUAAACAUUUCAUGCUGAUUUGGGGGCUGACCUUCCAAUAUUUUUGCAGAUUGCAUAUUCAUAACCUGGAAGGUUCUUUGCAACUGUAGUGUUGAAAUGAUGCGGUAAUGAUGUUAGUAAUCUGUACUUGAUUACUAUGAGCAUACUAUUGGGUCAUGCAUGUGGCACUGGCUCCAACAUAAAAUAGCUUUGGUCCUUUCUUAAAAAAAAAACACACUAAUUGAAGAAUUACUAGAACCGAAAAUAAAUACUGGAACUUUUCAUGUUUAUCAUGUUGCACCCUCCACGUCGUGUCAUCCUCAUGUCUUAUCACCGCCUCUAAAUAAUUAUUCAGCCACCAUUCAAAAUCUUUCAGAAAUUAUAUUGUGCCUCUACGGCAUGAUUACCAAUUAAUGAAGUAUUAUUGCAGUUAAAUCUUAUCCCAUAUAUAUUACUACCGGGUGUCCCAAAAAAAAACUGGACACUGUUUGAUUUCAUGUAACGUAAAAGCUAUAUAUAAAAGCCAUCGCAAUGAAAUAAAGAUGAUUGCAUUCGGAAAGGACUAACUUAGAUUUUGAUAUAUAACACUUGAGUUUACAUGCAAUAUUGAGCGAGAUACACUGGUUUGAAUUAGAAAUGCGUUUUAACAAUUGGUGAAAACCCGGUAAAAACUGGCUAAGUAUAAGGUUGUUUUAUGCUAUCAUUUUUGGCAUUUUCAAAAACAGUAGUUCAACGUUCAAACAUCAAUAGCGCUGUCAAUAUUGCAUGCAAAUUCAAGUGCUACAGUAUAUAUCAAAAUCUAAGUUAGUCCUUUCUGAAUGCAAUGAUCUUUAAUUCAUUGCUAUAGUUUUUAUACGUUACAUGAAAUCAAACAGUGUCCAGUUUUUGGGGGGGAACACCGGACAUGCACCCGGUAGUAAAAUGAAUUUUUCAUCCUCCUGCAUUCUCAGCCGCUUACUUGAAAUGAUUAUGAAAGCCCUACAUUGAUUCGUCGUAUAUUUUCGUACAGAUUGGCGCAAGAUGGCUCUUGGGUGCAAUUUUGA